ACUAAAUAUACUUUUUCUCCUAUUUUGACUAAAAAAAGUCGUAAUUAGACAAGGAGUUUGUACAAAAGAAAAAGAGUGGAUGUUGUGUCCUAUAUUUUUGCCAUUUGAUUCAUUUCCGUCUGCACAUUCAUUCUCGUAAACCUUUGGAAGCAUUCAUUUCGCCUAAUGUUCAAUAGAUUUCUAAUGACUCGUCCGCUCACUCUUUUCUUGUUCAUCUGAGAAUGGCGAAUGGUAAAAAUUAUCACCAUGAUAUCAUCAGCAACCUUCCCGACAGUUUAAAGGAAUCCAUCUUAAUCUGUUUGCCUCUUCGAGAUGCUGUUAGGACAAGUGCGCUUUCAUGAAAUUGGAGAUUUGCAUGGACUAGACUUCCACAUCUUAAACUUGAUGGGACACUGUGGCCAGGAUCAAGUGUCAGCGAGGACUUGGCACUUCUCAAAUGUCUUAGAUGCAUCUUUAAUGUUCUACUGUCUCAUGAAGGUCCUAUCACUAAGCUCACAUUUUCAAUUCCUGGGUUGAAAGAUUGUGCUGAGAUUAACAAGAUACUGCACAUGCUUUCAAAGCGUAGCGAUAUCGAAAAGCUCAGACUUAUCCUUGGCUCUGAUGAGCAUAAGUUACCUUCUUCGUUCUUUAGAUUUCAGAAAGUGAAACAUGUGAAGCUUUAUUCUUGCUCCAUUCAUCCACCUUCUGGGUUCACCGGAUUUAGCCAGCUUGUCACUCUUACCAUGUGGGGGGUAGCCAUUGGUUCAGAACAGCUUGAAGGCCUUGUUGCUUGCUGCCCCUUACUUGAAAACUUGACGCUACAUGUCUCUGACACAUAUGAAGCCCUUGAGGUUCAAGCUCCUAAACUUAAGCGCUUUAGAUUUCAAAGCAGAAUAAAAUCCGUUUCUUUCAAGAAUUCACCUCUUCUUGAAGAAUUCGUAAUUUUCUAUUUCUUCCCACCUCGUGAUAUGGAGGAAGAAAGAAGCCUGUUACUAGAGAACUAUAAAUUUUUUGAGCUAUUAAAUUCUCUGCCAGAGCUUAGAGUACUAUGCUUUGAUAAUUUCUUUAUGGAGUCUGUAGCUGCAGGUGGAAUCCCAACAAGGCCUAGCUUUACCUUAGUCCACCUUAACAGGCUUGAGCUUGAACAUUUCUGCUUAGACGAAUUUGUGGGGAUUUCAUGUUUACUUUGCCUAAUUAGGAUCUCACCAAACUUGCGAGAACUCACUAUGACUAUAUGCACGGAUGAUAGUGCAAGUGCCUUGGCAAUUCCUACCUUCAAGCUGGUGGACGUAGAAGAAUAUUAUGACAUAAAACUGGAUCAGCUAAGGGUGGUGGACUUCACAUGUUUUGCCGGCACAAGGAACCAAAUGGAACUUGUUAAGUUUCUACUAAUCAAAUCCCCCGGGCUCAAGAAAAUGGAACUUCUAACCGACUUUGACAUGAUUUUGGAAAGAAAAAUGUGAUACUACAAGAGCUAACACAAUUCCAGCGUGCAUCCCCAACGGCAGAGAUUGUUUAUAAAUAGUUGCAGAGCCAUUUAUUAAGCAUUGCCAAACUCUAUCAGAUAACGCAACAUGCCAAUUUGGUGCUUAUGUUAAGUCCCAGCAACUCAUGUCCAUUGUCAUUUCUUGAUGUAGUGUUUUGUAGGGAGGAAAAAUUCUUGUAAGAUGCUUAAGAUUGUG